GAACAAAGCUUAAUCCCGCGUAAGAAUCCAUAUAUUACUACAGACAACCAUGACGAUAAUAACAUUAGGGGAAUAGAUUCAACUUUGAGUGAACAGUACAAAAAAAAAACAGAGAAAUUACAUAUUGGUAACUGAGAACAAAACUCGUUUAAAUUUAUCAUUUAUACAUUCGAUAUGGACAUAACUUAUAGCUGUCAGACCCGCGCGCACACACGUUUCCCAUUAGAUGAGAGGGUAGGUGGUGCCAAAUCUCAACGCGUGUCUACAAGGGUAUUGCUCCCAAUGAAAAUCGAACUCAAGACCUCCCGACUCCAUAUGGUUUGACUCAGAUAGAUUUACCGCCUAAACUAUCAUUGAGUGGUUACAUUCUCCUAUAUUUCCUGCAGCUGCAUAAUCAAAUUGAGUAAAAUAUCUAGUCACAAAACGACACAAAAGGAAUCUUAAAUUCGGCCACCUCUUUUGGAUGCCUUGUUGUGUCGUAAAAAACCAAGCAAAACAACCCUAUUUAUACCGAGUUUGUCACAACAAAAAAACACCAUCAACGUUUCUAACAGCAGAAAGAAAGAAAAGAAGAGGAUGGAUUUCUCUUGCAAGUACUUCAAGGAAGGCAAAUGUGAAGGCCAAAAGGUAGUGGAUGGUGAAACCAUGCCAUUAGUGCUAAUACCACAGGACUCCAACAAGAAUGACUUGGAGUCUCUUCUCUUGGCUCUGAAAAAUAACAAGGAAUGGUUUGAGCAGAUGAUCAUCAAGAACAGUGCUGUUCUUCUCAGAGGAUUCCAAGUCGAUAAUCCGCAGGACUUCAAUGAAAUCAUCGAGACCUUCGGCUGGGAGGACAUUCGUUACAUCGGUCCUGCACCGCGCACACAUAUCUACAAACGAAUCUGGACGGCCAAUGAAGGUCCUCUCUCUGAGUUCAUAUACUACCACCAUGAAAUGGUUUUGUUCAAGGACCAUCCCAAGCAAUUGAUGCUCUUCUGUGAGAUACCACCACCAGAAGGUGGAGAGACACCCUUCGUUCCAAGCUUCCGUGUCACGGAACGAAUGCUCGAGGAGUUCCCGGAAGCUGUGGCGGAAAUGGAGGCAAAGGGGCUGAGAUACACAUUCACUGCUCUCAACGAUGACAACAAGGGCUCCAUGAGAGGCAGAGGCUGGAAAGAUGCUUUUGGGACACCAGACCCUGCAGAGUGUGAGAGAAGGUGCAAGGCUCUAGGGAUGGAUGUGGAAUGGCUUCAAGACGGCUCGCUUAAGACUAUAUUGGGGCCGCGUACUCUGACAACGGUGUUCGAUGGAAGAAAAGGGCGGAAGAUGUGGUUCAACACGAUCGUUGGAAUGCACGGGAAGGAGUUCAGUUCCGCGACAAUGGCAGAUGGAACGGAGAUACCAGAGAAUGUAGUGAAGAGAUGCGGAGAGAUCAUUGAAGAAGAGAGCAUCCAGUUCAAGUGGGAAAAGGGAGAUGUUCUGUUCUUUGAUAAUGUGGCCCUGCUCCAUGGUAGAAGGCCUUCUUUGCCUCCUAGAAGAGUCCUUGUUGCUACUUGCAAGUAAUUCAAUCUUUCGAUGAAAGCAAUGCUAAUCACUGUCAAAUGUGACAGAAAAUAAGAAAAGUACUUGUAUUUUCCCUCGAGGUUUCUUGAUACCAUACGUCAAAUAUGACAAGAAAAUAAGACAAGAUUUCUAAUUUCUAAGUUCCGUGCUUUCUGUUUAAUAUCAGAAAUCCACCUCACUCGAAUCAACAAAUAUUGCCGGUUCACUGUGUUUCUCUAGAGACGGUACUUGAGCCCAGAAUAUGAAUCUAUUUCCCAAGUUGGCAGAAUAUAAUGCUAACUAUGACAUCCACUAAAGCAUAAAUCCAUUGAGAAGCAUGAUUUCCUCCCAUAAUUCUGCUGGCUAGGGCAAACAAUGAGUGCACAGCGCUCUCUCGAAGAUCUCUUCAAUAAACGGAAAAACCAAACAUGUGACCUGAAUCCAGCCUGACCUUCGUCGGAAAAGAUCUAUUAAUAUGCUAAUAAGCAGUUUAAUGACAGCUCCAUCUCUCACUUUAUUGUGAUAUACCAGCUUGACCCCCCUCCAACCAUAAGUAACUCCAUUUCUGCUGGUUAAGGUUCGACAAUGGAUUUUAUUCAAUGAUUGUAGCAUACUAGAUCAAACAGAGUAAUUUCUCUCCUACCGGGGAUCUCAUACUCCCCCGGCCAUAAACAUAAAAUCCAUAACUCCAAUUGCUAAGUGAAUACCAUUUAGUUGACCUGUACGUGUUUGAACUUUGAACAACCUCGGUUAAUCAAGUCUCUUUGAUAAGAGUCAAUACUCUUAUCUUUAUAAGGUUCCUCAAUGAUAUUCAAUGCUCAAUCUUCCCUUUGCAGAGUAUGCCAAAAUAGGGGGGAGGGAGGGAGGGAGGG